AGAUAACAUAACAAACAAAACCACUGAAAACGCCAAAUUCCGAAGAGCCAACGUGCCGUCGUGUUGGUCAGCAACUGCCGUCCGUUCAUCUUUUCCUUUGUUUUUCCGAUAAUUUUUUUGCAAAAUUUUCCUCCACCUUUUCCAGCUCGUGGUCUGUGUUAACCGUUUUUGUGUAAUUAAUCUUCACGUAGGUAGAGACGUAGAGUCUUGUUUGUCUGCGCGCUCGUUUGUCUGUUCGAGUGAUGUGAGAACGUAACUACACCUAUUUCUUUGCGACGAGACUGAUUUUUCUUUUUCGUAUCAGUAAUUCAUUCGGAUUUUUCCAGUUUUCACCGCAAACGCUGUCCCGAUUACUCACGUCUGUCUUGUGUUGUUCAUGUGGCAUGCCAUUAACAGUUUUUGAUUAACUCUAUCGUACGCCGCUUACCAGCACGAUGCCAGGGUCAACAGUUUCCGACAAUGACCUGAGAAUGAAAAAGCGUAGUUUGGCUGGGAACGUAGCCCUUGGUUUGUACGUUUUGGCUUUAGUGUUUGUGUUCAUUUCAUUUUUUUCAACCAGUUGGUUAGUCAGUGAUGGGAGAAUCACAGGUGCAAAAUUAGAAAGUUUUGGUUUGUGGACUCAUUGUUUUCGUUCACUACCUGAUCCUAAUGACCCGGCUGAACGAAGGUUUUUUGUUGGAUGCCACUGGAUUUUUGACCCUUUCACCAAGGGAUAUGAUGAAAUCAAAGGAUUUUUGUUACCAUUUUACAUAGUGGCAACUCAGUUCUUUUACACAAUUACAUUCCUUGGAACAUUAAUAUCAGCUGUUGGUUCAUCAAUGUUUCUUCUAUGUUGUACACCUGAUGAAAAACGUUUUAUACAAAUAACAUUUGCAUUGGGAGUAACUUUAAUUGUAUCUGGUGUAUGUGCUGCAAUAUCAGUGUUAAUAUUUGCUUUGUUUGCCAACCGUCCAGGUUGGAUGCCUGGUCAUGACAACAACUUCUUUGGUUGGGCAUUUGGUGUAGCUAUUGCAAGUUUCUUCGCUUUACUUGGAUCUGGAGCAUUUUAUUUGGUAGAAACAAAUAUACAAGUGAAAAAAAGAAAAUAUUUGAAAGAAUCACAAACUAAAUUUGACAUGGAGUCCAAAGGAUAAGAUAAAAUUUAUUGUUGAUUUUUAAUUUUAAAUAUUUCCAAUUUAGACCAUUAGUAUAUAUUUUUGAUAGUAACCUUCAGCCCGAUCAGUUUUAAAUUAUACUAUUUCCAAAAUCUGAUAGCAAUUAUUUUUAUGAAACUAAUAAUCUCAUUUUUGUUUAAAUAAACACUAUUAUCUAUACUAUUUUAAA